UUCCAAAUUUUUUUGGGCAAUUUUUUUUAGGAAAGCGAGUUACCAGGGUUGGUGGGUGCUCUAGCCUUGUAUCUGAAUAGCAAAAACUGUUUUCCGCAGCAUCUUAAUAUUGUACGCAAUAGCUUUUUUUACUUUUAUUCGCCUCAGUUUUAUUGAUUAUUUUUCCACUCUGAAUGUAAUUUUUAAGCUUUGAUAUUGUAAAUUUUUGCGUUCACCAUUCUUUGGAAAAACUAGUUUAUGAUUUCGUAUCAAUCAAACUAUUUUCAAAUGGUUAUAAACAUGUCUCAAGUACCUAUUGAGCCAUCUCCCACAUUUCCUGACUAUUUCUACGGAUGCUCCGCCAAAACUUCUCUAAUGACUCCCACUUUCGUUUUCUAUUUUUGCGUUUAUGUGUCCCAAGCUAUCGAAGAUUACUAAGAGGUCAUCCCAGAAUUCUUCAAAAAAGUUUUUGAAACUUUUACCUUAAGUGAAUUUCUGAUAGAAUAUACGGUUUAAUUCCAGAUUGUUUCCAAUGAAAAAUUUGAGCUUUAUUUUUUUAAUCAAAACUGAGAGCUAUUUUUUUGUAAUGCUCUAUUAUAAAAUUUACUGGAGACUGUGGACUGAAGUCACUGGUAUCAAAAAAAGUUCAUAACGGAGGGUGAACAAAGCAACAUAAAACGUAAAAGAAGCUUUUCACGAAGAAAACAUCAUCUCAGUUUUUGAGUGAAAUUUAUCUUUCAGUAUAUGUCAUCUAACGAACUGCUUAACCAUUAGAUUUUUCCUCAUGCGCACAAUUAAGAUUUCUUGGCGGAAAAGUCCAGCUGCUAAGGCGGAUGACACUUUCUCUCGCAAUUGUAAACAAUUUGGAAGCUGAAAUUCCAACUGAAAACUUUUUCAUCCAUUUUUUUCACUUUGUCAAUAUUUUUGGCGAGAUAAUGGUGCUUCAAAAAAAUCUGCUCAAGGUUUUGGUCAAAUCUGUGAGAAAGACUGUUUCGUCAUUAGAGCGAAUUUGUUUGCAGGAUUAUAUUCAUCAACUCAUCAAAGCAACUCCUCGAAACUUAAAAAAUAAUAUAAAUAAAAAUUUGUAUCUGUAUUAAUAUAACUAAGCCAACUAAAUUGGUUCCCAGUUAUACAAUUGAUGUUCGUUAUAUUUGGAAAGGGCUUGAAAUCAUUAUCUAACGCUACCGACGUACUAUAUGAACCCUAGAACCCAGUUUGCGAAAAGUAAAAAAGCAAGGCGCAAAGUAAAAUAUUAAAAAUGAAAAAAGUUUCUUGAAAACCACAUUUUUUCAGAAUUUCCGCUAACUUUUCAAAAAUUAUGAGCUUGGUAAAAUCGACGUUCAAAUCAACAAAUAAUUGGGUAUAAUUGAACAUAUUCACAGGAGCUAUUGUUUCAACGCUGAUUUAAUUACCUUUUACUUUGUUUAUAUAUUCAUUUAUUUAAAAUGUCUAUUGGAAAUGUAUUCAAAUCUUGAAAAUUGACAUCGUUCUUACCAAUUCUAAUACUUAAAACAAAUAUAGAAAUUGAUUAAUUUAUUGGAAAACAAAUAUAAAAAUGCUUUCAAUUAAAGUAGACCAUUUGAAAUUGAAACCAGUAAAAAUGAAACUGUUUCAGCGGUUAUACGUUACCUGUUCAUUGAUCACACUGUUUAUGAUCAUGGUUACCUUAAACUACCAAUCUUUACCUAUGGUCCUACACUCUGCCAGUUUCGAAGGAAAGCUUAUAUCCGAGGAUAUAGACACCCAAAACUGUACUCAUAGUUUGGAGUCUAAUCACGAUGAGACGGUGUGUCCGGAUGAUUGGACUUUGAGUAAAAACAUUUGGAUGAUGGAGCUGAACAGUAGCCAGACGACUUUAUCAGCCCAAAACUUGUGUAUUAUUGAGAGUUACGCGGCCAAAAUGCCCACGUGGUGUGUCAGGUUCCUACUCGUGUCAGAAUCGCCUUUUGGAAACCCCUUCCAGAAGAACUGCUACGAAGCCGAACUGCGGGCAACGCUGGGGGACAAGUUGAAAAACAUCGCAAUUCACAACGUCGAAAUCGAAGAAAUCUUAAACGGCAGCGGAAUCGCGCCUUCUGAAAGAUCCUUUUUGUCAUCAAGAUAUAAACUGACCCAUAUUUCAGAUGUGCUCAGAGUUGUGUUGCCGUAUAAAUAUGGUGGAAUGCACAGCGACACGGACGCUAUUUUAAGGAGAAAUUUACCUCAGUUGGAGAGUUAUUUGCCUUUUAUAGCGCGUAUGCCUAAAAGCGACGAAUUCCGGUUAUACAGUAGUUCGUUCAUGGCUUUUCCUAAAGGUCAUCCACUUUUGCAAAUGGUGGUUUCUAAAAUGUUCGAUGGCUAUUAUUCGUUUAUCUAUGGGUCACUUCUGAAAAUAUUCUACAGGGAGAUUUCGAAGUAUUGCAUCAACCAGUGUGGAGUUGACCCGAAAACUGUGAAGGCGUCAACAGAAGAGUUUAAGUGUUGCGAUGUUAAUAUAUUAGCCGAUCGUGGUAUGUGUUUCGAGCAUGGUGAGAAGGUGAGAAAUAACUGCAGUUUCUACCAUUACACUUCCACUUUCUGCUCAUUCAAACACGCCAAGAGAACCAUAGAACUGACUGCAGACAACUACACCUUAGCCGAAAUUGCACGUGACAGUUGUCCAAUUACAGUAGAGAGGAAAAGAUAUUUCUACAAUCAGUGCACAUAUGAAUAAAAUCCUACUUUGGCAAAAAAUCAGAUUAUAUUAACUUGUUUCUAUCUACAUGCAGUAGCGGAUUUAGGUG